GUUCUUCCUUUUUCUUUUAUUCUUUUAUUCUCUAUUCUUUUUUCCCCACUAAUAGCUUACUGCCACUACUCUCUUUCUACUGAAAAUCCUGAAGAGAAAAAAACAAAGACCAAAAUUGUCUUGAAGAUAUUUCCAGUUUUAAGAUUCUGGGGUGGGUUCUAAUUAUAGUGUAGUCAAUUCCCUGAUUGACGGAUUUGACAAACUUUUUACAAAGACAAAACCCUUUUUAAUUUGAAGAUAUGUUGAAAGGCGGUUGGGUUAGUUUCUGUUGUUUUAACCCACUUGUCCUACAAUAAAAGUAUCACAAACCAAACUCUUUGUUUGUCCUGUGUUUUUUUAACUAAUAUAGGAAAAUCUUUUUUCUGCUCUGCUUUAGCUUCACUUCCACACUGUUAGAAUAUUCCCUCUUUCUAUCUGUUCUCAAAAGGUAUAGUUCAAAAUUGAUUGACUUGUGUGCAGUGUUGGAAAAGAUGAAUGGUGCUGUUUUAGUUGCGCUUGCCGCAACCAUUGGAAACUUUUUGCAGGGUUGGGAUAAUGCUACUAUUGCUGGAGCUGUUGUAUACAUAAAGAAGGAACUUACUUUGGAUGCUUCAGUGGAAGGACUUGUUGUUGCUAUGUCACUCAUUGGAGCGACGCUUGUCACAACUUGUUCUGGAACCAUAUCGGACAGCUUUGGUCGUCGCCCUAUGCUUAUCCUCUCAUCCAUGUUUUAUUUCCUCAGUGGCUUAAUAAUGUUGUGGUCACCUAAUGUUUAUGUCCUGCUUAUAGCUAGACUCUUAGAUGGGUUUGGGAUUGGAUUAGCGGUUACACUUGUCCCAUUAUAUAUUUCUGAGACUGCUCCAUCGGAAAUACGAGGGUACUGA